CUCCUGCCUGCCGGCAGCCUCUCCAGGCCCAGAACUUUUUCCAGUUGGCCUCUACAGGCCAAGCUCAUGGCUCACAAUGGUCUAUUUAGGCCCAUACCCCACCUCAUGGUCCUCUUUGCAGAUGAGGCUACUGCCUCACCACAGCCUCCACAGGCCCAGGUUCAUCUGACAAUGGCCUCUUUAGUCCCAGAUCCUGCCUCUGAGUGGCUUAUCUGGGCCCACAGUGUCCCCAAGUCGGCCUCUCAAGGCUGAGCUCUUCCUCUCAGCUGUGCCUAGAGGGCCAGCACCUGCCUCACGACAACCUCUUUCUGCUCAGCUCCUGCCAAGCUCCUGGUGGCUUUUUUAGGCCCCAAACUGCCCCAAGUCAAGCUCUCCAGGCCCACCUUCAGCCUCCCAAUGGCUUGGACAGGCCCACCUUCAGCCUCCCAGUGGCCUCUCCAGCCCAGCUCUUGUCUCCCAGUGGCCUCUCCAGGCCCAGCUUGUGCCUCAUGGAGGUCUUCCUUGAACAAGCCCAGCUCCCGUCCCCUGACAGGCUGUCCAGGCCCAAAACUUCCUCGAGGUGACCACUUUAGGCCCAGUUCCUGCCUCUCGGUGGCCUCUUCAGGCCCAGUUCCUGCAUCCUGGUGGCCUCACCAGACAAUUUUCUCAAGUCUGCCAUUCCAAGUCCAAAUCCUGCCUCCCAUUGGCCUCUCCAGGCCCAAAUCCUGCCUCACAGCAGACUCUCCAGGCCCAGCAUCUGCCUCACCGCAGCACCCGCAGUCCAAGGUCCUGCCUUUCAGCAGCCCUGACAGGCCCCACUCCUGCCCCUGACACGUUCUCCAGGCUGGAAUCUUCCUGAAGUUGGCCACUCCAGGCUGAGCACUUGCCUCACGCUGGGCUCUGUAGGCCAAGCUCAUGCCUCUUGGCAGCCUCCCCAGGCAAAGCUACUGCGUGCGGCAGCCUCUCCAGGCGCAGCUCCUGGCUCCCGUCUGCCUCUGCAGGCCUAACAGCGACUCUUCAUGCCCAGCACCUGCCUCACCAUGGCCCCACCAAGCCAAGCUCCUGCCUUUCAGCAGCCU